AAAUCCCGAUGCAUAUCAAGGGAAAAGUGGAGAGUGUGUGUGCGGGCCUUUUUUUGAUUUAAACUUUACACUCUGUUUAGAACGUUCUUCCUCUCAAUAUUCGAAAGAGGGGGGUUUCUUUUGGAUUCUUGCCAAGCAACAGAAAACAAAACUAAUUUCAACAUAUUCUGUCGGACGCUUACCCCGCCUUUCGACUUUGUACUACCUUGUCAAACAAAAACGCAACAAAAUCAUCCUCUUGUCUUCUCAAUGACUAGAUCCAGAUAAAAAGCUCAAAAGGUGGUGAGGAGGUCAUUGAAGAUUCAAAAAAAUAAAAACAGCAACAACAUGCGAUUCUUAGCACAGGCCGUUCAUCGGUCAUUCAGAAAGGUGGAACAUUGUGCUGAUUGGAUGACAGGAGCAGCAGGACCGAUUUUCGUUUUAUUAUGUUGUGCUUUGGUUUCGAUUGGAAUGUGGACUUUUUUUACAAGUAUGUUUAUCAAUUUAGCACCUUUACCGCCAUCCAUACAACACCUUUUCAAUACACACUCGCCAGCUCAUAUCAUCCUUGGACUUACGUCGGCAAUUGCUGAACAUCCUUGGCAAAUGAUUCGUUGGUUCACAAUCUUGUUCGCUUGCUUUUUCAUCGUUUAUAGUAUCGGAUAUCAUUAUUAUAUGGCUGUAAAGGAACCGUCUGGAUCAGUCUUGGAAGGAUUAUCGGAAGCAUUGGGAGAAAGAAGAAACGGUCCUGGAAGCGAGCUAUGGUGGUCGCGGUAUAGGAGACGUGCAGUUCGGGAGAGCAUCCUAGCAGCCAGACAAGCGAAGAGGAGAAAGUUCGGUUCUCAGUCGAGUAGAACGUCAAAUGGUGAUCUAAAUGGAAGGAAUUCGGCAGCACAUGGCCUCUUAAACGACAACACUUCCAUCUCUUCCAACAGUAUAAGCGACGCAGAAGUGCAAAGAGUGGAAGAUGGUGAAGAUUUAUGGGUUCAUGUGAAAAUGUGUCAUAAGUGUCAAAGGGUGCCUCUGUGGAAAGCAUUGGCAUGUUUGCCUCCAGAGCUACGAGCUAUCGAAAGAUCUUUGAGAAGCAAACGUCCUCUUUCUGCAAGUUAUUUGGUAGACGAGCCAGAAUUACUCGAUGAUGCAACACGGGGAGAAAGUGCAGAAGAUGUUCGAAGAUGGCUAGGAGCAGAAGCGGAAAAUCUUGUUCCUCCUCCAAAGCCAGAAAGGACGCAUCAUUGCAGCAUUUGUGAUACGUGCAUCUUGAAAUUCGAUCAUCAUUGUCCUUGGCUCAAUCAAUGUGUAGGGAUUGGGAACGAACGAUAUUUUGUUCUAUUUAUGGUUUGGCUUUCGAUCGGUUGUACGGUUGUUGUUUUUUCAGGAUGGAAAACUGUACGUAAAGCAGUUUCAUUUGAUCCUUGGGAAUUUCCGUAUACACCACGUUUAUUCCCUUUACUCACUUUUGCUCUUUGUGCGAUCAUGGGUUUCGCUUUGGCUGUGAUGGCAGCAUGGCAAUUACUUAUAAUUGGAUGGGGAGAAACAAGUGUAGAAAAUAGUGAUAAUACACAUUAUCGAGAAUUGAGCAAGAGAAAAGGUUUAUCGUUUAGCAACGUUUACGAUCUCGGUUUCAUGCAUAAUCUUGCACUUUAUUUCAACAUUGGACCUUUUUCGCAUCAUUCAAUCUUCACUAUCCUUGCUCCUUGGCGUAUCGAACCAUAUUCUGAUGGAUGGCACUUUGCCAAGAAGAUGGGCAUGUCAGGACGUCAUGAAGGCGUGAAUCCGGAGGAAGAGCUAACGGACGAUGAAGUCGAACGUGAUGAUGCACAUCCUUUGGCGAAAUAA